GUCGAACACACUCGCACAGACACGGGGCGUUUCGAGCAGACCUCUUCAGCGCGCUGGAAUGGAUAACCGACGGUAGGAGAGCGGCCGUGGAAGGUUGGACCGGAACCAGCGAUGAGUGAUCGAGCCCGCCCUUCGACAUGGAAAGAAUUCCCGCCCUGAAGUGUCCCCCCAGGAAGACCCUUCUCUACCUCUUCUGCGCCAUGUUCCUCGCCUGUGCCUUCUACGUGUUCUACGUGAGCGAAUCCUACACUUCCGUCCACUUGCUGGAAGACAACAUUCCCAAUCCGAUCAACAGCCCGUCUUCCGUCCAACCGCCCUCUACGACGGCUGCCGAAGCAAAGUCCGCCGUCACCAAGUCGUCUUCCGAGAACGCCACCGCCUCUGGCCCGACCACUCCCGGUCCGCCCCCUUCGGACGGCUGCCGGACGGGUCCCCCCAAGCUCGUCCUGCUGUGGACUCCCUUCUUCGGGUCUUGGGAGUACUUGGGCAACUUCGAGCGCUGCCGGAAUUGCCGGAACUGCCGGAUCACCAGGGACAGGAAUCGCCUGCUCGAGAGCGACGCCGUCGUCUUCCACUGCCGGGACAUGAGCCUGGCCGACCUGCCCCCCUCCCGCCUCCCCCGCCAGCGCUGGGUGUUCUACUGCCUCGAGUCUCCCGCCUACUCCGACUUCCCCGCCCUCGGCCACGCCCGACACCUGUUCAACGACACCAUGACCUACCGCGCAGACUCCGACAUCGCCGCGCCAUACGGGACGGUAAGCAAGGUCCGUCCGCCCCGCCCCCUGGACAGGGAGUCCCUGAAGUGGGCGUGGUCCAACAAGACGCGCUCCGCGGCCUGGCUGACCAGCAACUGCCGCACCGACGGAGGCAGAGACGCCUACGUCAGGGAACUGAGGCGGCACAUCGACGUCGACGUCUACGGGAAGUGCGGCUGGCUUCAGUGUCCGCAGGGACAGACGCACAAGUGCCUGCUGGACUUCGCCGCCAAGUACCACUUCUUCUUGUCGUUUGAGAACGCCAUCUGCCGGGACUACGUCACGGAGAAGUUCUACCGUACCCUGCAGUACGACAUCGUCCCGGUCGUGUUCGGAGGGGCCGACUACCGGAGGGUGGCGCCCCCUGGCUCCUUCGUGGACGCGCUGGCGUUCAAGAGCCCCAAGCACCUGGCCUUCUUCCUGCGCGGGCUCGCCAAGGAUUUCAAGCUCUACAGCAGCUACUUCGAGUGGAGGCGCAGCUACGCGGUCAGCGCGAGCAACAGCAAACAGUGCGCCCUGUGCGCCAGGCUGCACCGGGGCUCCGAACGCCCCUCGUCCUACGGAGACCUCAGGAAGUGGUGGGUGGACGAGGCGCACUGUAAGACGUGGAAGCCCAAACGAUGACUUCGUGGUAAUUUAGCAUCGCCUACAACAGUUUUCAGCAAAAUCGGCCAGAUCAGUCGAGAGGUUUGGACAUUUCAAUAUAAACGUCAAGCUCUAUAGCAGCUACUUCAAGUGCAGGCAGCAAGCGAUACGCGGUCAAGAUAAGCAACAGCCCGAGAGUACAAUACUACAACUCUUAGCAGUAGUUUCUAGAAUCGUCCAUAACUGUUGUCGUCGCCUGACCUUUUACAUUUUAGUGAGAACGUCAGGAACUGCAAGAGCUACUCGAAGAGCAGGCGAUGAUGUGCGUCCAAGAUGGGAAACAGCAAACAGCACGCAAUGUCACAUCCUCUGUAGCAGUUAUUGGUAGAAGCUCCUAUACUCGGUUGAACGAAAAGACAAGCCAGACAAAUGGAUUUCCAGAAGGUUUGUCAUUUCUGCGAUUUUCUCUGCGUGAGGAAUGUGAACGGAUAUUCGCCGCCCGCUUGGCUCUGAUUUGUUAUUAUACACACCAAAUACGUGGCUGAUACGGCCAAAUGGCGUAUUUCUUUGUUAACAUCAAGUCUAUCUUUACCGAAAACUCUAUAUAGAACUGUUGUUUUCGACAGGUUUUGACAUUUUAAUGAAAAACGUCACGCUCUACUGCAGCUACUUCAAGUUCAGGCAGCGAGCGAUACGCGACCAAGAUGAGCAACAGCCCAAGAGUACAAUGCUACAACUCUCAACAGUUGUUUGUGAAAUCAUCCACAACUGUUGUCGUCGCCUGAUCUUGUACACUUUAGCGAGAAAGUCAAGAUCUGCACCAGCUACCUCAAGUGCAGGCAGCGAGCGAUACGCGGCCAAGAUGAGCAACAGCCCAAGAGUACAACACUACAACUCUUAACAGUUGUUUGUGAAAUCAUCCACAACUGUUGUCGUCGCCUGAUCUUGUACACUUUAGCGAGAAAGUCAAGCUCUACUGCAGCUACCUCAAGUGCAGGCUGCUACACGCGGUCAAGACGAGUAACAGUAAUAAGUGCGAAAUACACAUCGUCGGUAACAGCAGUUGUUUGUAGACCUGUUCAGAACUCAUUUUUGGCUGAUUUCAGUAUAGUACUUCAAGAGCUAUUUCAAGUGAAGGCAGCUAUAUGCGGUCAAGACGAGCAACAGCAAAGAAACAACAAUUUCGAAAUUUCACAUCAGUGAUAUUUGAGGUGUAGUUUUGUUGCAAGGUCCCAAGUCCACAUAAUGCGGUCAUUACUUACGUCCACAUAAGACGCUAUUGUCGUUUAUUACCAGACAUGAAAGUUUUUACGUCCAGUAUUUAAGAUAUAAUUUGUUUUGACAUUGAAGUACAGAUCAUACCAUCAUUUAUUUUACAUCCACGAAUGUGUUAGACUACCACCUACUUUAUGUACGCAUAAGACAGCUUUGUCGUAUAUUUCAAGACUUGAAAGUUGGAUCCAUCAUCUUUUCACGUCCACGUCGGAAAACAUUUGAUAUUUCGUUCAUUUCCCUUCAUAGACGUUCGGUUGACACAAUCAUCUACUUCACGUCCGCACAAGCCAGAAUAUUCGUUUAUUUCAAGACAUGAAAGGCCACUUGGUGCCUUCUUUUUACGUCCAAAUAGGACAAUAUUUGUUGUGAAGUUGAUUGCAAGACAUGGAAGUCCAAUUGACACCUAUCAAUUUUACGUCCAUAGAAGAGUUUGACCGUUAAAGUUACGUCCACAUAGAGAGCUAGUGGUUUGUUGUGUGUUUAUUUGUUGCUAUCACCUUUUUCUAAUCCUACAUAGAGCAAUAUUUGAGGUGAAGUAUAUUUCGAGCCACGGAUGUCUAGUUGACAUCCAUCAAUUUUACGUCCAUAGAACAGUUUGUCCAUUAAAGUUACGUCCACAUAGAGAACUAGAUUUGUGUCUAUUUUAUACUAUCAUAUUUUUCUAAUCCUACAUAGAGCAAUAUUUGAGGUGAAGUAUAUUUCGAGCCACGGAAGUCCAGUUGACAUCCAUCAAUUUUACGUCCAUAGAAGAGUUUGUCCGUUAAAGUUACGUCCACAUAGAGAGCUAGAUAUAUGUUUAUUUGCUACUAUCACCUUCUUCUAAUCCUACAUAAAGCAAUAUUUGAGGAGUUGUUAAUUUCGAGCCACGGCAGUCUAGUUGACAUCCAUCAAUUUUACGUCCAUAGAAGAGUUUGUCCAUUAAAGUUACGUCCACAUAAAGAGCUAGAUUUGUGUUUAUUUGCUGCUAUCGCCUUUUUCUAAUCCUACAUAAAGCAAUAUUUGAGGUGAAGUAUAUUUCGAGCCACGGAAGUCCAGUUGACAUCCAUCAAUUUUACGUCCAUAGAACAGUUUGUCCAUUAAAGUUACGUUCACAUAGAGAGCUAGACAUAGUGCCUAUUUGCUACUAUCACAUUUUUCUAAUCCAACAUAAACCAUUAUUUGAGAUGUAGUUUAUUUCAAGUGACAUCCAUCAUCUAUUAUACGCCCAUAAAAUAAUUUUUCUAUCAAGGACGGAUACAAUGGAGAGGUGAUGGGGGGGGAUCGCCAUUCUAGGACCUUUUUUCAAGUUUAUUUUUGAUAUUAAAGUUCCAAAAACGCAAUUAUGGUGUUAGAAGAAAGCAAGUUUUUUUCCAGAGUUCUUCCGGAAUUGAAGUCUUGAAAAUGCAAACUUAAACCAUCUCUUAUUGCUCUGGGGAUAGGAAUUAUUUUUUACGAAAAGGAAGUUUGAAAGUCUCAAUUGUCGACGACCUUAGAUGAUAUUAGGGAUAGGCCCAAAGGUUAACCCUGGAUAAUUAUCGAAAGAAACACAACCGUAAGGCAUCUUUCCUUACAUAAGGGUAAGCGAUGGGGUUCAGUUCACUCCUUCGAAAGUUUAAAGAAAUUGAAGCUCCAAAGAGUAAAGAGUAAAAAAAACAAUCCCCCUCUCCUUGAACAAUUCUCCUUGAACACGUUUUAAGAAAUUGAAGUUCCAAAGAGUAAAAAAACAAUCGCCCUCUCCUUCAACAAUUUCUGGAUCCGCCCUUGUUGUUCAUAAAAGUUACGUCCGUCCACAUAAAGAGUAACAUUUAGGUGUGUUUGCAGCUGUCCCUUUUUUUAAAUCGUACACGGGGCAAUAAUA